AGCGGGGCCAUGGCGCUGGCUGACUGAAGCGAGUGCCUUGCCUCGGGAAGGGCAGCGCGCGGCCGGGCUGAGCCCCCGGGGGGCGGCCGAGAUGGCCUGCUGUCCCAAAGUGGUGCUGCUGGUGGACACGGCGGGCGACGCCGCUCGCCCCAGCCCGGCCCGGCGCGCCGCCCUGCGCCUGCUCACUUACCUCAGCUGCCGCUUCGGCCUGGCCAGGGUCCACUGGGCCUUCAAGUUCUUCGACUCCCAGGGCGCACGGAGCCGGCCCUCGCGCGUGUCUGACUUCCGCGAACUGGGGAGCCGCUCCUGGGAGGACUUCGAGGACGAGCUGGAGACCAGGCUCGGGGAUGGCGCGCCCGGCGCCCACCUGCCCGGCCCGACGCCCAGGGCCACCCACACGCACGGCGCCCUGAUGGAGACGCUGCUAGACUACCAGUGGGAUCGGCCCGAGAUCACGUCGCCCACAAAGCCGAUCCUGCGGAGCAGCGGCAGGAGACUGCUGGACGCCGAGAGCGAGGCCAAGGAGGCCCAGGCCGCGCUCGGGGGCUUUGGGAACGCCGUCUUCCUCCUGGCGCCCUGUCCUCACUCGCAGAGGGAGCUGCUGCAGUUCGUGUCCGGGUGCGAGGCCCAGGCUCAACGCGUGCCGCUGACCCCCAAGCAGGUGAUGGAGAAGGUGUUGCCCAAGAGGGUCCAGGAGGUCAUGAUCGCCCGAAAUAUCACCUUGUACUGGGUGGACACCACCGAGCGGUCUAAGUUGUGGACCUCCCCAGACCACGUGGGGUACUGGACAGUUUGUGAACUGCUCCACCAUGGAGGAGGCACCAUCUUGCCAUGUGAAACUUGGAGCCUGGGUUUUCCUAAAGGCAGGGAAACAGUUCUGCAGAGUGGUGGCGAGCUGUCAUGUGAACCUCACCUCUCCCCAUGGAUCUCAGCUCUGCCAAUAGAUGCAGCUGUAAACUGCUUACUCUAUAACUCUCCUGAGUACGAAGCCUCAUUUCCCCAGAUGGAAGGAACAUUAUUUCUCCCUGUUAAAGGCAAAGAAACUCAAGAAACAUGGGCAGUCUCCCUAGAGCCCUUAGCCAUGCAUCAGAGACAUUUCCAGAAGCCAAUCAGAAUAUUUUUAAGAGGCUCAGUGGCCCAGUGGUCUCUCCCAAUGAGUAGUGCUGUCGGCACUGACAACUGGAUGCUACAAAGUCCAGAGGGACACAAGUCAACUCAAAGGCUGUUGUUUCAGGAGCUGGUGAGCAGGUUGACUGCUGAAGAAUUCCAUCUGGUUGCCAGUGUGGAUCCUGGUGAAGGCUGGCCCCCCAUCACAGGAAUUAUUUCCCCAUUCUCUGCCAAUGCUAUGAUUCUCACAGUGUUCCGAGCCAAAGAAGCUGAAUUUCAAAGACAUUUUCUCCAGACAGCUGUGGCUGAAGGCCCCCAGGAUACAGCUUCCCUUUUCUCAGAUGUUGUAGAUAGUGUACUGAAUCAGGUCCAUAAUUUAUUUGAAGAUCCUGCUUCUUCUGUAGCCCCCUGUGUUCCAGAGUGGGUCCAGCAGGAGCUUAGUCGUACCAGCCCCUGGAGUCCAGCUCUUAUGGAAAAGUGGUUUCCUUUUUCCAACGUCAGUGGUGCCACCUCAGACUUGAUGGAGUCAUUUUGGUUAUUACAUGCUGCCUCACUUGAUAAUGAAGAAUCCUCUAAAACCGAAAGUGAGCUAACACGCUGCCUCUCUGAACUCUACCAGAGAAAAUCUCAUGAAGAAUCUACUGUAGUUAAUCAAGAACGCAGCAGAAAGAAACGUGGUAUCCCUCGAACUCCAGUGAGACAGAAGAUGAAUACCAUGUCCCGCUCCUUGAAGAUGCUGAAUGUGGCGAGGCUGAAUGUAAAGGCGCAGAAGUUCCACCCAGAUGGUAGUCCAGACAUGGCUGUGGAGAAAGGGCUCCAAAAAACAGCUGUCAGCAGAGCAGGAGAGAAAUCAGAAGACAGAGGAAGAGCGCUACGAAGUUCUAAACUUAAAGACUUUAAAAGUGAAGAGGAGCUACUGUCUUACAUACAUGAAGAAUACCAAAAAACUGUGGCUUCGGGAGAAAUCACAUCAUAUUCAUGUGCUCAGAAUAUGGUCUCAACCAUUAAAGUGUUCCUAAAGUCGAAGGAUGUCAAGGAAUUAGAAGUGGCUUGCCUGAAUCAUAUGAACAGUAACCUCUUAAAAACCAGCAAAAUUCUUCGACAGAAUCAAGGGGGGAAGCUGGAUAAAGAAGACAAAGUCAGAGAGUGCCAGCUUCAGGUGUUUCUUCGUCUGGAGAUGUGCCAGCAGUGCCCCUCGAUACUGGACAGUACAGAUGAGGUGGAACAAGUAGUGGAGGAGGUGACAGAUUUGCUGCGUAUGGUGUGUCUCACUAAGGACUCGGCGUACCUGUCAGAGUUUCUGGAGGAGAUUUUGAGAUUGUAUAUUGACUCCAUCCCAGGGACAGUUGGACAACUUUACCACAGCCUGGGGUUAAAGAUUCCUCAGAAGCUGGCUGGAGUCCUUCCUACAGAAUUGUUUAGUGAUGAUUCUAUGACCCAAGAGAGCAAGUCCCCACCUCCCUCAUCAAGUGCUCACAGAUCAGUGUCGGGCACCACUGAGUCUGAGCAGCUGGAGGAGCUGCGGACCAGAUCAGCCAAGAAGAGAAGGAAAAAUGCACUAAUAAGACACAAAAGCAUUGCAGAGAUUUCACAGACUCUUCGACAGAUUGAAGUUCCCAAAGUGUCCAAGAGAAGUACGAGAAAUGAGAACUCUCACCUUGCUCCUGCACAGCCAACUCUCCCAAGGAAAGACACAGUUCAAGAAGUGACAAAAGUCCGAAGAAAUCUCUUCAACCAGGAAAUGCUUUCUCCUUCAAAGAGGGGGCUAAAGCGGGGACUGCCUCGAAGCCAUUCUGUGUCAGCCUUGGACGGUCAGCACCACAGACAGGACAACUUCAAGAAGACCAAAAGCAGCACGUUUCAAGGUUAUCAUAAACUGCUGACUAAGAGUGUGGCUGAGACCCCAGUCCAUAAGCAAAUCUCCAGGCGGCUGCUCCACAGACAGAUCAAGGGCAGGUCUUCUGAUCCUGGCCCUGACAUUCACGUAGUUGAAGAGUCUCCUGAAAAGCAGGAUGAAAUAGGUUUGAGACGAAGUCCUCGAAUCAAACAGUUGUCGUUUAGCAGAACAGAUUCUGGUUCCUUCUAUUCUGUGUCUCAGCCAAAGUCUCGAAGUGUGCAAAGAAUCCACUCAUUCCAGAAGAAGUCAGACCAAAGAGAAAAUUUUCCAGUCCAAAGUAUUCGGUCUCCUAAAACACUUUUUUUUGGGGCACUGUCUGAGAUAACUGGCUCCUCCAAGAAGGGCUCAGCUGGAAUGAGGAAGUCCUCCAGAAGCAUGUUGGAUUCUGAGAUGUCUACAGCUUACCAGACUCCCAAAAAGAGUAACCAAAAAUCUCCAAGCUUUCCUAAAACUACACCAAGAAGGUUCCCUCGUACAGCACAGACCUCACUGUGCACUCCAGAAAGACUACAAAACUCCCCUACAGAAAUAACUCUGGCUGAGCGGGCCAUUUCUGAGGCUUCCUUAAAAGAAUCCUCCUCACAUGGUUAUAGCUCACCACUGGCAUCAAAAGUCACUCCCCAAAAGAGAGCCUCCCCAGCAGAAGAGACCUCUCCUCUCCUCACAAAGCUGCCCAGAACACCCAGGAGACCAGACAUCCAACCACCUCGAUGCUUAUCGGACUGUAUGAAUUCCAGUCCAGAAAGCCCUUAUUGUCCAGCAUCCCCAACUCCCUUGACUGCUAAUUCCCAAAGUCACUGUCGAAGCCCUGUAAGAUACUCCUUCAGAACACCUCCCCGGAUGGCCCUUGCUGGCACCCCUGAGCAUCAGAAGCACCAACCACUCCCUCUCCCCAGGGCCUCUCGGGCACAGGAACCUACACAGAAACUGCAGGAGAGAGCUGUCAAAACCCCAACGAGGCCAGCAGACUCCAUUACUUCUUCUCCACCUUGUUCUCUAAAGGAGCACUUUACUUCUCCUGGAUGUGAUGUCUCCUGGCGUCCACUUAGGACAUCUUUGUCAGCCUCCCCUCCUCCUGGAGAACUAAGUUGGAAAGCACACCAGACAUCACCCAGCACAGCUGCAUCUUUCCCUUACCCUGUUCCCUCAACUCCUCCUAGAACCCCACCGAGAAUGACCUCCCACCCCAAACCCCCUUCUCCGCCAUCUAAGCUUGGGAGACUGUGGAGAAAGACCUCCAGUCCUCAAGACUUUCCUGAGUGCCAGCCGGGACCCUUUGCUGCUCCAGUGCUUGAAGCAGCUACCAGCCCAGGGGCCAUCACAGGCUCUAGAGGACCGCAAUCCCAGUCUUCUGAAGGGCAGGGCUACCAGGGCACUGGGCUCAGCAAUGACUGGCAGGUAUCUUCUCCUCUGCUCAUUGCAAGUGACACAGAGCACCUUCCUCUGACUGAAGCCCAACUCCAUAGCCUGGAGACCCAUGAGGGGGAAAGUGGCAUCUUGCCAGGGGAAGACGGUGAGGGGCCAAAGACCACUGUUGCUGAUGAGCCUCGCUCUGGGUCUGGCCCUGGGAUUCCUCCACCUGUCCCUUCCUCUGUGUCCAGCUCCCCUGAGCUGCUGUCCUACACCUGCAUGGCAGACCGAAGGCAGAGCAAGGCUACUGCUCAGCAGGGGAGCCUGCAGGCCCCGGAGGCCACUGGCAGCCCUCAGACCUAUGAGGUUGAGCUGGAGAUGCAAGCUUCUGGCCUUCCCAAGCUCCGAAUUAAAAAGGUAGACCCUGGAGCUCUUCUGGAAGCUGAGGCCCUAGGAAAGGACAGCCCUCCAGGAGAGGAGGGUGCCCUCCCUGCUCUCGGCAUGCCCAAGGCCAGUAAGUCCUCCAGUAGAGUUGAGCACACCUAUCUGUCACCCCCCUGCCUCCGGCCCUCACACAGCACGCCUGGCAAGAGUGGGGGGCAAACCUUCAUCUGCCAGUCUUGUACUCCCUCCCGCUGCCCGUCCAGUACCCCCUCUCCAUUUCAGGCAGAUGUUGGGGUUUCUUGGACACCAUCUCCCAAGCAGAGUGGGAAGACCACUCCUGAAAUUAUCAAAGACUGGCCCCGAAGGAAGAGGGCCGUGGACUGCAGUGCUGGUCCUGCUGGCAGAGGCGAGGCCAGUGCAGACUUCCCUGGGGCUUUGUCACUGCUUGAGCCUGAGCCUGAGCCUGAGGGAAAGGAGCAUGGCCUUGAACAUGGCCUCCCUAAGGUUCUUGUCUUGGAGGAUUUUGAACUAGAGGGGGUGUGUCAAUUGCCAGACCAGUCACCUCCCAAAGACAGUGUGUCUAAGGCUGAGGAAGCCUCCUGGGGACAGUUUGGAUUAGGCUCCAGAAAGAGACUCUUGUCUGCCAAGGAAGAAGCUGAAUACGAUGUCAAAAGGGUCUGUGAUUCCCUGAGCGAAGAGCCCCAAGCCAGCAAGCAUAGAGAGUGGUCUCCACCUUGGAAUGCACCACCACUCUGCUCAGUAGGGGAAGACGAGGUGUUUGUUUCUGGCUCCACCCCACCCUCUGGCUGUAUGGUACGGAGCUGCCUCUCUGCCAGUGGUCUGCAGGCCCUGACCCAGUCUCCGCUGCUGUUCCAGGGAAGAACACCGUCCUCUCACAGCAAGGACACCAGAGAUGAGGAUAUGGAUGUGUUCCCCUCCACUACCGAAGAGUCUCCUUUCAGGCAAGCCUUCUCCCGGAAACGGCCUUUCAGAACCUACACGAGGAAGAAGCUUAUUAGCUAGCCCUGGUAGAACACAGCUGGAGGACUCAGAAGGAGGAACACUGCAAGCCUGGCCAGAUCCCUCUGGGGCAGUGCUCCAAAGUAGCUUUCUCUGGAUGUGGUAACAAUGCCAGGCUCAUACCACCAAUCCCAGCAAUGUACCCAGAACAGGAGUGGCCAGAACUUAAUGGGACUGAGAAAGUUUACAAGUAAAGAUGACGGCAGCUAGGUCCCUGUGGACUUAAAGAAGUUGGGGGCUUUGCAGGGUGUGGUACCUGCCUAUAGUCCCAGCACUUGGGAGGUGAGGACAGAAAGCCCAGAAGCUCCUGACUGCAUAGCAAGUACAAGGAUGGCCUGGGCUGUAUGAGACCCUGUCUCAAAAAACAACAACAAAGACAUUACGAACCUUGAGCCUUUCCCCAUAGUCAUUGUUCAGCUUACCACUGGAAUGUCUCAUGGUCUCCCAGUCCCUCUCAUGGACUUCAUCUGAGGCCAGGCCCUGGCCCUUUUAGGGAAAGUUAGGAAUCUGGUGGGCAGCAUGGCAGCUGGUACUAUGACUCAGGCAGCCUGGAAGUCUAGACACCAAGCAAGGAUCCCAUUCCAGUGUCCCCAAACCAUGACCUUGGUGAAAUGGAGACACAAGAACCCUUGACAUACUCCCUUGAGGUGUUUGCCAUAGGCUUGAGUUCCAUGACACAAGCGGUACUUCAUAAACUAAGACCUGUAUGUGAAAGACUACAGCAAGAAGCGAGGUAACAGUAAAGUCACCCUGGCUACUUAGCCUAGGAGUGAUUGUGACCAUGGUCCAGAGAUCAUUGCAGGGUCUGCCCUGAGAGCCAGCCACCUCAUGGCAGAGUCUUAGCCUGGUAUGUGCUUGGCACCUGUGUUGACCUGUAAUCAACUAAACCAACUCGCUGGAG